UUUUUUUUAUAUUGUCAUGGUGCUAAAGGGUUCAAUCAUGUUAACAGCAUCCAGCUCCCAUUCACUAAGCAAUCCUCACCUUUUAUGAUCACAAACUCAAACUUUGGAGUGGGGGGGAAAUGGAACCAAACACCUUUUGCAUCUGAAAACUACCAGUUUCCUUCAGCAGCAAUUACAACUUUCCAGGCUCAUAAAAAUUUGGGAGCCUCUAGUGGGUGAUGCUGCCACAGACUGAGAACUUCUAGUUGGUAGUUGUUGGAAAUAUGAUACAUUUGCUUGGAGUGAAGGAGUCUGUUUGCUGCUAACUCCAGCUGGUGAGAGUUUAUCGGCAGGGCAUUUUCCUCCUCACUGUACUCCAUGUACUGUUGAAAUGUGCAAUUGGGAGUAACCCUGUGCAAGGCCAGUUCUCUCACAGUCUGACAAGUAUGUGAACAAGCAGAUUGCAUUCUGUACAGUAUAAUCCAAACUGUAAGAGUCAUCUUAUGACACUGGAGUCCAGCUGUCAUAUCACUUGACAAAAUAAAAUAAUUUUUUUUUUCCUGGUCAUUGACGACACUGCAUGGUCAGUUAGUUCUUGUAUAAUAUUAAAAUUUUCUUGUCAGCUUCCCCUGUGUGCUGCGUCUGUCCUCCCUGUAGUUUACUUGGAGCCACAUCACAGGCUUCAGAGGUCACUGCACAGGUAUAAAUAUUGACUGGGAAUAUUUUUAAUUGAGGCAUUUUAGCAGGUCACUCUUUUACACAUUGACUAAAGACUAGUGCAGACCCAUGUCAAAACCUGCUCUGAGCAGGUGGAAAGAAUGCCAGUUCCCCGUCCGGAUUCAUGCUAAUACUGUUGCUAGCAAUGGUACCGCUGCCCACUGCUGGAAUAUGACUACAAGAAUUUCUAGCAUAAACAAGGUCCUUGAGCGAAAGGCCUCAAGUGUACAUCCCUGACUAGGAGCACACUAGAGUCUGGCACUUUUAGAGCACCCCGGGGAUUCGCCUAAGUGACAAACACUGGUUGCUAUAGAGCUGGAUGCCCUCCUGGGAUGCAGCCAAGCCCCUGUGUUGCAAGGAGACAGAGUUUCACAGCUAUCAGUACAGACUCAGAGCUCUAGGUUUUCCUAUUUUUUCCAUUUGAACAGCUGAGGAUUUUACUGGGUCCUGUUUAAAUGUGAAGGAACAAAGCUUCACAAUGGUCUGUUCUCUGGGGUGACGUGGGAAGUCUUGAGGGGGCAGUUUCCAAGUGUGCUGAAUCGCUCAAUAGUGCCACAUGCUGGGUCUCAUUCCUGCCACUUGUUUGAAUAUAUUCUUCUGUAAAGCAGUGUCCUCCAAGGGAGAAGUCAAUGAGUGAAGACACCAGCGUGAGUCUCAGCUGCCUCAGCCCGGACACAUGCCGGGACCUUCUCCAGGGUAAGAUGGUCCCUUUGCCCUUCCAGCCGUCCAGUCUGGUCCGAAUCUUCAUCAGCUCAGCUUCCUCAGACAUGGCUACAGAGAGAGAGACCUUGCUUAAGGCAGCAUACCCUGAGGUCCAGGCCUUCUGUCAGAAGCACAGUUUAAUGUUUGAGGUAAUUGACCUGAGAUGGGGUGUUUGUGACGUUAUAGACAUUGAUCACAUGAACACACAACUCUGUCUCGAGGAGAUUGAAUCCUGUCAAAAACUGUCAGUGGGUCCUACUUUUAUCGGGCUGCUUGGGGAUUGCUAUGGACACCGGCCCCUCCCCCGACUUAUAGAAGAGAAGGAGUUUGAGACCCUGAUUGCACAGCUGACAGGGGACCCCACCACCACACAUCUCCUGACAUUUUGGUACUGGAAGGAUGAGAAUGCCAUUCCUUCUGUAUAUGUCCUGCAGCCAAUUACUGACCACCUGCCCCACUGCCAUCCCGCUGCCAACCAGGCUCAGCACCAGGGAGAUGUGGAGGUCUGGAGGAGCGUGGAGAGAGACUUAGCCUCAGCACUGCGCCUGGCAGCCCGGGAAGCAGAGAAACACGGACUCAUCAGCCAGGAACAGAGGCAUCGCUAUGAUAAAUCAGAGACAGAGUGGGAGAUUGAACAAGGCCUCCUCAGCACCCAAGAGAUCGACUCGGCUGCUUCCAUAUUCCUCAGAGAGGUUGAGGGCCUUGACAAACACCUGCUGGAAGGGACAAGCACGCAACUGGUGGAUACAGAGGAAGAUGGGAGCCUGGACAAUGAAGCCCAACAGCUGCUCCAGAGCCUCAAGGCAAAAAUUGCAAACUAUUACCCCCAGCAUCUCAAAGUGCAUACAGUCCCAUGGAAUGCACACCCUGGGAACCCACGACACAAGGGGCAUACCAAGUACCUGAAGGAGCUGUGUGAACAAUUUAUCACUGCUACAAAUCACCAGGUCCUGAGAAGCCUCCGAUACCGAGGGAAGAGCAGCGAGGAGACAGAGGGGCUUUUGCAGGAGCUGAACCACCACAUGAUGCUGUGCCUAGAGAGCUGCAGACUGUUCUGUGGGAGGCAUGACUUACUGGAUAACAUUCUCCAAAGCAUCAGACAGAAUGAUGACCAUGUCCACACACCCCUCAUUCUCUAUGGGCCUCCAGGCUGUGGAAAGACCGCCCUGAUGUGCAAAUUGUCUGAGCAGGUGCGAACUCUCCUGGGGCAGGAGACUGUGGUGGUAAUUCGCCAGCUGGGGACAUCCCAGGUCAGCUCUACAAUCCACAGCCUGCUGAGAGAUAUUUGUUCCCAGGUGUGUUUAGCAUUUGGUUUGCCACCUCUUCCUGUACAGGUAACACAGGCUUGCAGUGAUUUAAUCCUGUUCUUCCACAACCUCCUCCUCAUUGUCUCUCACCUUGGUGUACAGUCACUGGUGCUGUUCUUUGACUCUGUGGACCAGCUAAUCCCUGCUAAUGGUGCCCACAGACUCUACUGGCUGCCUAAAGACUGUCCCCCAAAGGUUCACAUUGUUGUCUCCACUUCCAUAGCAGAGUAUGGGAUUCUGGAAACUCUCCAAGAGGCCAUGCCUGAGCCCGAGGCCUACUUUGAAGUGGGUCCAUUAUCCAGAGAGGAAGGUGGGAAGAUGUUGGAGGUGCUGUUGGCAUCAGUGAGACGGAAACUGAGCCCAGCUCAGCAGACUGUUCUCCAGCAAAGUUUCCCUGAGGGUGGGCACCCCCUGCUAUUCAAGCUGGCCUUCAAUGAGGCCAGGAGAUGGGCAUCCUACACUCUGCCUUCAGCACUGAUGAUUGUUACCACAGCCCAAGAAGCCAUGCGCGGUCUGUGUGUGAGACUGGAAAAGCUGCAUGGCAAAGUCCUGGUGGCACACAUGCUGGGGUAUAUUGCCUCCUCACGGAAUGGGCUAUCAGAUGCAGAGCUGAAGGACAUCUUGUCCGUCGAUGAUGAGGUUCUCUCUGAGAUUUACCAGCACUGCUCUCCUCCAUGUAAAACCAUCCUGCACUUUCCUCCUCUGAUGUGGGCUCGACUGCGCCAUGACAUUGGAGAGUACUUGGUAGAGAGACAGGCAGACGGCUUUGCACUUCUUGGCCUUGCUCACAGACAGUUUACUGAAGUGGUGCAGAAUCAUUAUCUACCAGCCCAAGAAAAAACCAAGCGUCAUUUGCUCCUAGCAGAUUUCUUCAGGGGGACUUGGAGUUGGGGCAUGAAGAAGUCCCUGAAACUGCCACUUCUUGGCAAAUCUCUGAAUGCUGACAGGAAGGUAGCACCUCAGCCGCUCUGGUUCUCUGAUACCGUUGCAAAUCGGAGGAAGCUAAGCGAACUGCCUUUUCAUUUACUCAACGCUGGGAGAAUUGAGGAGCUAAAGCAAGACGUGCUGGGGAAUAUGAACUGGAUCACCUGUAAAAUUGUUGCCACUGGAAUUCAGGGCAUUGUCAAUGACUUUGCCAUGUGCAAUGAGCGUAUUAACUGCCCAGAGCUACACCUUAUACAAGAAACCCUUCUUCUUUUGAAACCAGCACUUGACUAUAUAGAUGGUGUUGUAGUGAGUAUUAUAUACAUUGAGGUGCUGGCCAGGCUGCAUUUUUUCAUGUUUUCCUAUCCUGAUCUAAUUGGAAAGCUGUGCCAACAGUGUCUAAGCUGGCUCAAUGUCUGUCCUCAUCCUGUUCUUGUCCCGCUGUGUGGAUUCCUUCAGCCACCUGGUGGGCCUCUUAAGAGGACUAUCACUGGAUUUCUAAAAGGUGUGACAGUGCUGGAACUCAGUUCUGAUCACAGGGUACUGGUGGCAGGAUCCCAGGAUGGCACGAUGAUUGUGUGGAUCAUGGAGGAAACUGAGGUGAUGCACACCUUGACUGGGCACUCUGCUGAGGUGAGAUGUGUGAAAGUGUUUGAAAAAGGGACUUCCGCUGUCUCAGCUGCCAUGGAUUACACUCUACGCAUCUGGAAUUUAGUCUCUGGCAGACAGAAGUUUUCUAUUCAGGACAGUCACUCUGGAGAGCAGCAUCUAUAUCAGCUUCACGUGGAUGAAAGGAACAGGAUUGUGUAUUCAGCAUCAGGUGCAAAGGUUAAUGCCUGGCACCUGGAAACAGCGGAACAUAUUUUCCAGAUUUCUGGUGAGGCCCCAAAUGCGUGGCUGUGCACUGAAGUGUUUGAGUCAAGGCAGGUGGUUAUGACUGUGUCUGAAGGAGGAACACUGAGUCUGUGGGACAGCAGAACGGGAGAGCUCCAGUCUAAGCGCCAGCUAUCAGGGCUACAGGAAGAAGCACCAACUUGCAGCAUUCUGAUCCAGAAGCAAGGAAAGAUGAUAGUAGGAUUUAGCAGGGGUUCCCUCUCCAUGAUCUUCUCUGAUGGAAACAGCUUAAUGAAGAAACUUCCUGGAAGAGUUCGCUUUCUGGUAGUGUCAGAAGAUGAGUCCCUUCUUGCUGCAGGCUUUGGGGUGUAUGUGCGAGUGUUCCUGGCCAACUCAAAGGGACUCCACAGGUUCAUGGCAGCAGACCUGGAACAUGAGUGCAUAGUGCACACAGGUGUUUUCUCUCCUGACAACAACAUCAUUGUCACAGGCUCUCAGGGUGAAUCUAUCCAGGUGUGGAGUUUAUCAGAGCAGGGUUUGCUGACAGACACUUUGGAUGGCAUGGGAACACCAGUGACUCUUUUAGCCCUAUGUGGCCACACACUGGUAUCUGCCUCCCACAGUGCACCAUAUCUCAAAGUUUGGAACCUCACUUAUGAUCGUAAGCACAAAACCUUAGCACCAGUCCCAGAUCGCAUGGGAUGCACUGCAAUGUCCCAUGAUGGGAACUAUGUCUACUUCCCUCAAGCUGGAGAAAGACAUCAAGUCAUCAUCUGGGACUCCACUAAAGGUGCAGAGUGUGACACACUGGACACCUCUGCCCAAGUGAGAUGUCUAGAGGUGGCUGAGCAGAAGCAGCUCCUUUUCACUGGGCUGGUGUCUGGAACGGUCCUUGUGUUUCCACUUAAGUCAAGGCAAGAUGUGGUGUGCAUCCCACCCCCAAAGUCACAGAAACCAGUCAACCACAUGGCAUUCAACAGGCAGGAAGAGCAGCUAGCCAUAGCAUAUGAUGACUUAAUUCUUGUGCUGGAUGUUAGCCCUGGAAAGCCAUGCCCUGUGAUUGACAAGCCUAUUUAUACCUUUUAUACUCAGAUCCCUGCUGCUGUGAUUUCCAGUGUGGCUGUCCUUGCAAACUACCGGGUCCUCUAUGGCAUGUCAAGUGGGGACUUGUUCCUUUAUGACUGCCCACAUUCCAAAGUGUUUCCUUUGGAAAUGCACACAUGCAUAGUCACCUGUUUAGAAACCAGCCAUGGAGAGCAGUGGGCACUAAGUGGCUCUGAAGAUUCUCUGCAGCGUCUCUGGGACUUGGAUGCCUGCCAGUGGGAACAUGAAAUGUGCUACUAUAAGCAGACUUCCUUCUUGAAAGGUAUUCAGUGCGCUUGCUUCUCGAAAGAUGAUAAGUACGUGUACACUGGGUCAUUCGAUCACUCCAUUACAGUUUGGGAUGUUUUAAGCGGUACCCUGUUGGCUGUUCAAUUUGUGUAUGCAACUGCUAACAGAAUCAUGCCAACUGCAGAUGGGUUCGUUGCAACAACAAGACUCGGCUAUAUAAUUCGUGAGAGGUUCCGCUGCCCACAGUUCAUAAGAUCACAGUACAAUCCACUCCAGAACAUCAAGGCAACAUGUGUAGUAAAAUCCAGAAAGAAAGAGGAGGCAAACCCAAGAGAGCAACAUAACAGAGGAAAAGUCUCCAGAAACCAGAUUCGAACUAAUAAACUCUCUCAAAACUGUGAAAUCAUGUAAAACUGGUGAAGUGGUUGAGCAGUUCCAGCAAGAUUCUCAGACUAUUUACUGGCUGAAUAUUUUUCAUUUCGUUUGCAGCAGCCUGGCUCUGGACUAAGAGUGAGAUCUUGCCUCUUAUUCCAGAUCAGCUUGUGUUGUUUUCUGAGGUCUUGAUCCCGUUCCUAUCAGUUUUCAUGAUGCAAAAUCAAGAUUGGAUGUUUUUCUAAAAACUAUGUUUUAGGAAUUAUUUUAGGGAAGGUUUAU